ACUACUUAUCAGUCAGACACAGUUUGACAUCACAAUGUUCUUUUUUUCUUGUAAUAGGCUCGGGGCGCUGGGCUUCCUUUCGCUUCCUGAAAACGAUAAUAUCCGUGGCAACGCAGGCUUACUGGACCAGCAGCUAGCUCUCCGCUGGGUCGCAGAUAACAUUGCAUUUUUUGGAGGUGACUCCUCAAAGGUCACUCUGUUCGGGGAGAGUGCCGGAGCAGCGUCGGUAGGCUUCCACCUCCUGGCCCCCAGCAGCCACGGUCUACGAUACAAACCCCCCAUCCUCCAGAGCGGCGUCCCCACCGCGCUCUGGGCCAGCCUCAGCCAGAGAGAGACUUGGAAGAGGUGGCCCUUGAUUUGUACACACACACACACACACACACACACACAAACACACACAACUUGUGGUAGGAGCUUGAGCCUGGCGUCUCUCCUGGGCUGUCCCCGGUCCCCUGCUGCUGAUCUGGAGCGCUGUCUCCAGAGAGUCGACCGUGUGGACAUAGUGACCAAGCAGUUCCAGGUGUUGCCCGAGGCCUCCAUCCUCGCGGCUCCCUUCGCGCCGUCCGCCGAUGGGCUUUUCCUACCUGACGAACCAGAGGUGCUGCUCAAGACUGGCAACUUCACGAAGAUUGAGGUGCUUUUCGGUCUGAACCAGAAUGAAGGGACGUCCUUUCUAGUCCACGGCAUGCCUGGCUAUAGUCUCGCUGGCGAGAGCCCCAUCAGUAGGAAAUUGUUUAUUGAAGGCAUACCACUCGCACUACCAGGAACCAGCAACAUCACAAAAGAGGCAGUCAUUUUCCAGUACACCAGCUGGAGUGAGGUGGACAAUGAGGUGAAGAACAGAGAUGCCAUGGGUGACCUGUUUGGACAUCGGUUCAUCAGUUGUCCUACAUUAGAGUUUGCACGCAGGUAUUCCGAGCACGGAGGAAAAGCAUUUUUCUAUCUGUUUGAUCACCGCUCAUCUGCCAGCCCCUGGCCAGCAUGGAUGGGCGUGAUGCAUGCCUGCGAGAUAGAGUUUGUCUUUGGGAUGCCGUUGAAUGCCUCUCUUAAAUACACGGAGAGGGAAGUAAACAUGAGCAGGAGCAUCAUGAAGCAGUGGGCCAACUUCGCCCGGACAGGAAAUCCAAGCAACAGCGGAGUUCCCUGGCCCCUAUUUCAGGCAGAAAGCCAGUUCUAUCUGACUCUGAACACCAACCAGCCUCUACAAAGGAGCAAGAUGAUCGCUCAACAGUGUCAAUUUUGGACCAAUUUAGUACCAAAGAUCCAAGGAGUGUCAGACGCUCUCGACUCUUGCAUGGAAUCGUGUUAUGGAGUCAGUAUCCCGCCAUAAUUCAAACCUGAAAAAAAAAGUUUCAAAGGCUUGUAAGUCUGGGUUUGAAAACUCAACACCUUGUAAAAAAGGUUCUGCAACACUGAAAAAGGAGAUUAUAACCU